AUAAGAUCUGAGUUUAUACUCUGACGUUUCUCUGUCUCCCAUUAUCUCCUGUGCCUCCUUCCCCUUUCCUUUCUCCUCAAAACGAAGUGGCUGUCACUUGGAUCCAGCCCGUCUGAGGGAGGGGGGCGCAGAAUGGCUGGAAUUUUGAAGAAAACACUGCAGAGUCUUGCAAACCUUCUGCCUGGCAGGGAACAGAGGAGCAGUAAUGAUGAGAUAAAGGAAAUAUCUGAGCCUUAUUUUGGUGAACUCCAACAGUAUGGAUGUGAUGGCUGUGGGAAUAGAAUAGAAGAAGGUAGUAAAAGGUACAAUUGCGACGAUUGCCCUGAUAGUUUUGAUCUAUGCCAGUCGUGCUAUGAGAAAGGAGAGAUUGUUGAUGAACAUGUACGGAAUUUUGAUCACCUGCACACUUUCACCUGUGAAACUAGGAGCAAUGCUGCCAUUGUUAGAGAGGUUAUGGCCGAAGGGACUUUGGAAGAAAUCCUUUUAAGAAUGUUCAGGUGUUAUGCUGACAGACCAGCCAUAGGGACUUACAUUGAAUCAAGGCAAAGAUAUGAAUAUAUAAGUUUCAAAGUACUUGAACAACUUGUCACAAGUUUUGCUAUGUCAUUGUAUCACGUGAUGUCAACAAGCCACGCCCAUUUACUUGGAACAAACCACACCCCCCUGAUAGCUUUGUGUUCUGUUGUGCGUCUGGAAUGGUAUAUUGCUGACUAUGCGUGUGCUUUAAUUGGAAUACCAUCAGUCGGAAUAACUGCUUCAUCUGAUAAGGAGACAAUAUCAUUUAUACUCUCACAAACAGAGACACCUCUUGUUGUAUGCUCUCAGGACAAGCUCUCAAUCUUUGCAUCUUUAGCUAGUAAUGGAGACACGCCUGGGCUAAAGCACAUCAUUGUGAUGGAUCUUAAUGAGGGAGAAGAUGUUGCUAUUAUGACCGGCUCAGUACCGCCAGUUGGUGUGACCAUCUGGAGAUUAACCGAAUUUCUCAAGAAGGGAAAAGACCAACUCAUCAAUAUUGCAUCAUUCAAGACUGAUCCUGAACAGAUUUACACCAUUGCUUAUACCAGUGGUAGUACUGGAACACCCAAGGGCUGUGUCUUCUCACGAAGUCUUUGGCUUAAACACAUACUCAGUCCUUCAACUAUUGGUUUUAUGGGUAUCAAAAGGAUCUGGUUCUCAUUCCAACCUCCUUCCCACAUGAUGGAGAGAGAGUCAUUCCACAUGACACUCUUGGGCGGAUACAAAGCUGGUAUAUACAGAGGAACCAUUGAACAUUUAUUUGAUGACAUGAGGAUGGUAAGACCUACAGUUAUUACAUCGACCCCACGUUUCUUCUUAACAAUAUACAACAAGUACCAGCAGGCGCUACUGGAGGAAUACCGCCAGUACCUCAGUAAACAGGAUAAACCUGUUUCUCAAACCGGUACUGACGAGCCACCUUCACCCGAUUCCCUUGAUUUGUCGCAGGCUCCAUACGAAGUGAAGGAUAUAGUGAAGGACCGGUUUAAUGAGUAUUUCGGUGGUAGAGAGAGGCUAAUUGGAGUGGGUGGGGCCGCUGUCCCUCCUCCUUUGAUCCAGUUUUUGUCUCGUGUCUUUAACGGACUUGUUCAAGAUGGCUACGGGACGACAGAAGCUGGUGGUAUUGCUGGAGGUGGGUAUACCUACAGUGGUGUUCAUGUGAAACUCCGUGACGUCCCAGAGAUGGGAUACCUGACCACAGACAUACCCCCAAGGGGAGAGAUCUGCGUUAAAACUGACACCAUGAUAUCCGGGUAUUAUAAAAACACCAAAGACACAGACGAGAAGUUUCAAGAUGGCUACUUUUGCACUGGAGACAUUGGGACAGUGGAUUCAAUUGGGCAAGUCACGAUCAUCGACCGAAAGAAGAAUAUAUUCAAACUGUCGCAGGGAGAGUUUGUUGCUCCCGAGAAACUUGAGAAUAUAUUUGAGAAUGGAAGCAGACUUAUAGAACAAGUUUUUAUCCAUGGGAGCAUAUGGAGAGAUGGUGUCAUUGGUCUUGUUGUGCCUCAUAAAGAUGCCUUGGAGAAAUGGUGGAUAGAAAACAACACAAUAGAAGAAGACAGUUCAGUACCUGAUAUAAAGGACCUGUGCACAUUGAGGCCUGUGGUUGAUUUAUUUCUGAGUGAGUUAAGGAGGGUAGGAGAGAAGCACUGUCUCCCUGGCUGGGAGAUACCUUCGUCAAUCCUGCUGGAACCUAACCCGUUCAGCCAAGAAAACAAACUACUGACGUGCACUUUGAAGAAGUCUCGGCCACAGCUGGAGCUGAGGUAUAGGGAAGAGUUAGAGAGAUUAUACGAAGAACCUUCCGGAGAUAAAAAGACGUCAAUUAAGAGAUCUAUAGAAGAUAAUGUUAUGAUUCAUUUGAUAUCAGUGAUGAAGAAUAAUGGUAUACCUAUUCCUCCAUCAUGUUCCUUGUCAAAGUAUUCUACUGAUGAUGCUCCUCCUAUUAAUGUAUCACUUACUCUUACACAAAUGGGUGGAGACUCUCUUGCCGCAAUGUUUCUAUCUAAUCUCAUUCAGGAUGAACUGGGUGUCGCUGUACCAGCUCUUAAAAUACUUAAAGAACCUCUUUCAUCUCUUUUUUAUUUUGUCGUCUCUCAAAUUUCACCUUCAAAGGCACUAGAGUUUAAAGACUCACCAUUUUCUAGUCAAACCGGUCAUGCAAGUUUUGAGAGUGGACCAGGAAGGAAUGAUGCAGAGAUUAACUGGCAGAGAGAGACUAGCAUUCACUUCUUGCAUGUGUCGUCAUCUGUCACCAAACUAUCGGAUAGAGAUGACAUUCCUAGAGAACUUGAUGAUGAAGAGAGAAGUGAAGAAGUAACCAAGAAGGAGAAUUUGACUGAUGAUCAAAUCAAGAUCUUAUUAACAGGAUCAACCGGAUUCCUGGGGAGAUUUAUACUAUGGAAUCUUCUCAAUUCUGAGAAGUGUGGUCUUGUGUACUGCUUGUGCAGGGGAGAUAACGGAAAGGAAAGGUUGUUAAAUAUACUAAAGAAAUUGCAGGUGGAAUUAUCUGAAAUGAAAGGAGACAAACAAGGAGGAGGAGUCGAAGAAAAGAGAAGAGGAAAGGAAUCGAGUUUUUCAAAAAUGGUGUCAAAACUGGUUGUCUUAUCCGGAGACCUUGGGUUGGUUAGACUUGGCCUCAGCGAAGGAGAUUACAAUUUGAUUGCUAGAGAAGUUGAUGUUGUCAUUCACAAUGGGGCCAAUGUUAAUCACGUUUUGUCUUAUACUGAUCUUAAGCCUACAAAUGUGACCAGUACCAAAGAGAUAUUGAAGCUUUGCUCUGAGAGGAUCAAACACAAGUACUUGCACUUCGUCUCGUCUAUUGGUGUACUUAUUGAAGGAGGUGAUGAGACUACAGAAGUGAAAAAGGACAGGUUGAGGCACUGCUCUGGUUACUGUCAGUCUAAGUGGGUUUCGGAGCAGCUGGUAUUGGGGGCCAUUGAUAACGGGUACAUCAAAGGAUCUCUAUCACGUCCUGGUCUCAUUGGUGCUCAUAGUGUCACAGGUCACUUAAACAGGACUGACUGGUUUUAUCUAUUAGUUUGUGGACUCUAUCACUUGAAGGCAUAUCCCUCCGAAUGGGGCACAGGUAAAACUCUGGUCAUUCCUGUGGAUACAGUAGCUCAGGCAGUCGUUGCUCUGUCACUUAACAGGAUUUCUGAGUCAAAUGGGCUAGUGUACCACUUAGAUAAUAGAGAGUCUGUGGUUAAUUUUAAUGACAUCAUAAGGUCUUUAGAGAAGGCUGGACCAGACUCUUUGAAGCACCAAGGUAAUCAAAUGUACAGCCAGCUACUGUUAAAAUGGGAUAGAUUGCAUCUUUCUUUGUCUCCUUCUCCUCUCACUUGUGUUUAGCAUGAAAUUGGAUAUACUGUGAGCCAGUAAACACGAUCUCUCUUUAUUGCUUGUAAUUGAGUGUACUGUAACAUGGAGGCAUAAACAGUCAAAUAGCCUGUGCAUCCCAGCACUCAGGAACUCUGGGCGAGGUCCUAUGGAUAAUUAGUAAUUUAUUAUGUCUCUCAAACACCAUCUGAUCAUGCAGCCAAGUGUUUGCAUGCUGGAAUUAGGACAUGAAAGCAAGGUCUCACUGCAUCCCACUCUGUACCCUAAGAGAUGUGUCUAUGGACUAUAAUAAUGCUGUCUAUAGCUCCAUAUGUUUUAGUGUAUUUUAUGUGUGAAGCCUUUCAACUGGUUUGGUGGUAUGUGGCUUUGAGAUGAGUCUUAACGAGUCUUUUGAACUGAGGCUAUGGUCUAGAGAAGGAGAAGGGAUAAUUUCAAAUAGUUUGUCUCUCUUUUAGUUGGUUUUUGAUGUUUCGUUUAGUGUUAAUUACUGUAAUUUCAUUUCCCUAUAACCUUCUUUGAAGAGGCUUACGAGUAUUAGCUUGCAUUCGAUAGUGUAAUAGUGACAAUGUUUAGUUUCAUAAGGGAAUGGGCUAUAUUGUCAUAUGGUACUUUAAUAAAGCUUUGGUAUCUAUUUCAUAACUAUUAGCAUUCUAAUAAUGUGCUUGUUUCUAUGAUCUUUUAUCACGUAUGCAUGCAUGACAUUAUUAUGUCCAGUGCUUGCAUUCAACAUUGCCAAGAAGAAAGCAUGCAAAUAUUUGCUCUAGACCAUAAUUGGUCUAAUAUUGGUUCAUUUCUUUGUCGCAGUCCCUUUUGGAUUAAUUAUUUUAGUCUGAAGCUAUAUCUGGCUAUUGUGAAGCUAAGCAUACCAAGGAUUCUUGAUCUCUUGUUUGCGUCUGGUCUACACUCAAGAUGUCAGCUAUUGACAUCUUGUGCUAUAGGGACAUCCCUAGUUAAUGUCAUAUAAUGUUUUAUUGUAUUCAGACUUACACGAGAUCAUUGAUUAAUCUCCUUUGCAAUGAUACAUGAUUUAAUUAUAAUGGAUUCUAAUGACGACUUGAGAAGCUAGACAGUAGACAUGUGGUAUCUUGUAUCAAUAGUUUAUGAUGCUUUGUUCAUACGUAUUGGUUACUUCUGCAAUAUAUUUCCUUAUUAGUACCAUUUACUGGCCUUUAUCGUCUAAUUUGUUAGCUAAUUAAAUGAUCACAUUGUUGUUAUUUCCACGAAAAGCUGUACUGUGCGUGUGUGAUAUGGCAUAAUUGUUUGUACAGAUGUUGCAUACAGAACUCACCGUUGCAAACGAAUAAUUUGUCAAAAUGCAAACACUGUAAUGAGAUGCUGAGUAAAUGAACAUUUUGCAAACCAGUUAUCAUAUCCUGUUAUUAUUAUUAUUAUUAUCAUUAUUAUUAUUAUCAUUAUUAUUAUUAUCGUUAUCAUUAUAGAAGAAUCUACUUUCCUUAAAGAACUGGAGGAGGAAGCUAGAAAGAGUUAUAAAGAUGAAGUAAAAGGUGGUCAAAUGGAAUUGAUCAUAGGGUUGCAUUUGCUUCUCUCUAGAGGCCAGAGCCCCAUGCCAUCAUCACAACCACAAAUAAGCAACAGUAUCACUAGCUCUUAUUUCUCCAGACACCAUGGGAUUGAGCUCAAUACAAAGCUGGAGGGAUAUGCUGAUAGAUACAUAGCAUAUCUAGGGCGGGCUGGAAUUCUAUGAAUGUAUCAAUAUUAUUAAAUGUGGGUAGAGCAUAAAGGCUAACCAAUUACAGAACAGUAUUAUUAUAGUUAAUUUUAUUAUGAAAUACUUCAGAUGUGAUUUAUUUAUUUAUGUGUGUUUGUACUAUGAUGUGCUGUGUGUUUUUCCUAUGGCAA